AAGGGGGUUAGCGAAACGUUAGCGGUCGGGUCUGGGCAGGGGGUGGAGCUGGUUGAAGGAACGGGGCAGUCCCCUGAGGAGUGGGGCUGGUUGAAACGCUAGGGGCGGGAUCUGGCGGAGUGGAAGGUAUCGGUCCGGCCCGAUAAGGGGUGGAGUUAAGUGAAUCGUUAAGGGUGGAGUCGAGACCGGGGCCGGGGCCGGGGCCGGCUGAGUGAAAGGGUGGGUGAUUAUCCCGGGAGAUAGGCCGAAAGGGCAGGUUCGUGAAGGAAUGGGGUCUGGGCCGGGCUUAGAGGGCCUGGGAAUGGGGCUUAGGAGAGUAGAAGGGGUGGUGAUUGGUUGGAAAGGGCAGGCCCUAAAACGGACUGAGUGAGCCCGGGGGCUCAUUGCUCCGUGAAAGGGCAAGACCAGGGAAAGAGAAUCGUGUAAAAGGGGUGGAGUCUAGCGGGCCGGGCGGGGCCAGGUAGAAUGGCCACCUGAGUGGAGGGAGAAGGCCUGAGAGAGGCGGAGUUUGGAAGGCUGUGGAGAAUCAGAUCGCAACCGCGGCAGGGGCCAAGCCUCCUGAACUAUGACCUCCACCGGCCAGGAUUCCACCACAACCAGGCAGCGAAGAAGUAGGCAGAACCCCCAGUCGCCCCCUCAGGACUCCAGUGUCACUUCGAAGCGAAAUAUUAAAAAGGGAGCCGUUCCCCGCUCCAUCCCCAAUCUAGCGGAGGUAAAGAAGAAAGGCAAAAUGAAGAAGCUCGGCCAAGCAGUGGAAGAAGACCUAAUCGUGGGACUGCAAGGGAUGGAUCUGAACCUUGAGGCUGAAGCACUGGCUGGCACUGGCUUGGUGUUGGAUGAGCAGCUAAAUGAAUUCCAUUGCCUCUGGGAUGACAGCUUCCCGGAAGGCCCUGAGCGGCUCCAUGCCAUCAAGGAGCAACUGAUCCAGGAGGGCCUCCUAGAUCGCUGCGUGUCCUUUCAGGCCCGGUUUGCUGAAAAGGAAGAGCUGAUGUUGGUUCACAGCCUAGAAUAUAUUGAUCUGAUGGAAACAACCCAGUACAUGAAUGAGGGAGAACUCCGUGUCCUAGCAGACACCUACGACUCAGUUUAUCUGCAUCCGAACUCAUACUCCUGUGCCUGCCUGGCCUCAGGCUCUGUCCUCAGGCUGGUGGAUGCGGUCCUGGGGGCUGAGAUCCGGAAUGGCAUGGCCAUCAUUAGGCCUCCUGGACAUCACGCCCAGCACAGUCUUAUGGAUGGCUAUUGCAUGUUCAACCACGUGGCUGUGGCAGCCCGCUAUGCUCAACAGAAACACCGCAUCCAGAGGGUCCUUAUCGUAGAUUGGGAUGUGCACCAUGGUCAAGGAACACAGUUCACCUUCGACCAGGACCCCAGUGUCCUCUAUUUCUCCAUCCACCGCUACGAGCAGGGUAGGUUCUGGCCCCACCUGAAGGCCUCUAACUGGUCCACCACAGGUUUCGGCCAAGGCCAAGGAUAUACCAUCAAUGUGCCUUGGAACCAGGUGGGGAUGCGGGAUGCUGACUACAUUGCUGCUUUCCUGCACGUCCUGCUGCCAGUCGCCCUCGAGUUCCAGCCUCAUCUGGUCCUGGUGGCUGCUGGAUUUGAUGCCCUGCAAGGGGACCCCAAGGGUGAGAUGGCCGCCACUCCGGCAGGGUUCGCCCAGCUAACCCACCUGCUCAUGGGUCUGGCAGGAGGCAAGCUGAUCCUGUCUCUGGAGGGUGGCUACAACCUCCGUGCCCUGGCUGAAGGUGUCAGUGCUUCGCUCCACACCCUUCUGGGAGACCCUUGCCCCAUGCUGGAGUCACCUGGUGCCCCCUGCCGGAGUGCCCAGGCUUCAGUUUCCUGUGCUCUGGAAGCCCUUGAGCCCUUCUGGGAGGUUCUUGUGAGAUCAACUGAGACCGUGGAGGGGGACAACAUGGAGGAGGACAAUGUAGAGGAGAGCGAGGAGGAAGGACCCUGGGAGCCCCCUGCGCUCCCAAUCCUGACGUGGCCAGUGCUACAGUCUCGCACAGGGCUGGUCUAUGACCAAAGUAUGAUGAAUCACUGCAACUUGUGGGACAGCCACCACCCUGAGGUACCCCAGCGCAUCUUGCGGAUCAUGUGCCGUCUGGAGGAGCUGGGCCUUGCCGGGCGCUGCCUCACCCUGACACCACGCCCUGCCACAGAGGCUGAGCUGCUCACCUGCCACAGUGCUGAGUACGUGGAUCAUCUCCGGGCCACAGAGAAAAUGAAAACCCGGGAGCUGCACCGUGAGAGUUCCAACUUUGACUCCAUCUAUAUCUGCCCCAGUACCUUCGCCUGUGCACAGCUUGCCACUGGCGCUGCCUGCCGCCUGGUGGAGGCUGUGCUGUCGGGAGAGGUUCUGAAUGGUGCUGCUGUGGUGCGUCCCCCAGGACACCAUGCGGAGCAGGAUGCAGCUUGCGGUUUUUGCUUUUUCAACUCUGUGGCUGUGGCUGCUCGCCAUGCCCAGGCUAUCAGUGGGCGUGCCCUACGGAUCCUGAUUGUGGAUUGGGAUGUCCACCAUGGUAAUGGAACUCAGCACAUGUUUGAGGAUGACCCCAGUGUGCUAUAUGUGUCCCUGCACCGCUAUGAUCAUGGCACCUUCUUCCCCAUGGGGGAUGAGGGUGCCAGCAGCCAGAUCGGCCAGGCUGCGGGCACAGGCUUCACCGUCAACGUGGCAUGGAACGGGCCCCGCAUGGGUGACGCUGACUACCUAGCUGCCUGGCAUCGCCUGGUGCUUCCCAUUGCCUACGAGUUUAACCCAGAACUGGUGCUGGUCUCAGCUGGCUUUGAUGCUGCACGGGGGGACCCGCUGGGGGGCUGCCAGGUGUCACCUGAGGGUUAUGCCCACCUCACCCACCUGCUGAUGGGCCUUGCCAGUGGCCGCAUUAUCCUUAUCCUAGAGGGUGGCUAUAACCUGACAUCCAUCUCAGAGUCCAUGGCUGCCUGUACUCGCUCCCUCCUUGGAGACCCGCCACCCCUGCUGACCCUGCCACGGCCCCCACUAUCAGGGGCCCUGGCCUCAAUCACUGAGACCAUCCAAGUCCAUCGCAGAUACUGGCGCAGCUUACGGGUCAUGAAGGUAGAAGACAGAGAGGGACCCUCCAGUUCUAAGUUGGUCACCAAGAAGGCACCCCAACCAGCCAAACCUAGGUUAGCUGAGCGGAUGACCACACGAGAAAAGAAGGUUCUGGAAGCAGGCUUGGGGAAGGUCACCUCGGCAUCAUUUGGGGAAGAGUCCACUCCAGGCCAGACUAAGUCAGAGACAGCUGUGGUGGUCCUCACUCAGGACCAGCCCUCAGAGGCAGCCACAGGGGGAGCCACGCUGGCCCAGACCAUUUCUGAGGCAGCCGUUGGGGGAGCCAUGCUGGGCCAGACCACCUCAGAGGAGGCUGUCGGGGGAGCCACUCCGGACCAGACCACCUCAGAGGAGACUGUGGGAGGAGCCACUCUGGACCAGACCACCUCAGAGGAUGCUGUUGGGGGAGCCACGCUGGGCCAGACUACCUCAGAGGAGGCUGUAGGAGGAGCUACACUGGCCCAGACCACCUCGGAGGCAGCCAUGGAGGGAGCCACACUGGACCAGACUACGUCAGAGGAGGCUCCAGGGGGCACCGAGCUGAUCCAAACUCCUCUAGCCUCGAGCACAGACCACCAAACCCCCCCAACCUCACCUGUGCAGGGAACUACACCCCAGAUAUCUCCCAGUACACUGAUUGGGAGUCUCAGGACCUUGGAGCUAGGCAGCGAAUCUCAGGGGGCCUCAGAAUCUCAGGCCCCAGGAGAGGAGAACCUACUAGGAGAGGCAGCUGGAGGUCAGGACAUGGCUGAUUCGAUGCUGAUGCAGGGAUCUAGGGGCCUCACUGAUCAGGCCAUAUUUUAUGCUGUGACACCACUGCCCUGGUGUCCCCAUUUGGUGGCAGUAUGCCCCAUACCUGCAGCAGGCCUAGACGUGACCCAACCUUGUGGGGACUGUGGAACAAUCCAAGAGAAUUGGGUGUGUCUCUCUUGCUAUCAGGUCUACUGUGGUCGUUACAUCAAUGGCCACAUGCUCCAACACCAUGGAAAUUCUGGACACCCGCUGGUCCUCAGCUACAUCGACCUGUCAGCCUGGUGUUACUACUGUCAGGCCUAUGUCCACCACCAGGCUCUCCUAGAUGUGAAGAACAUCGCCCACCAGAACAAGUUUGGGGAGGAUAUACCCCACCCACACUAAGCCCCAGAAUACGGUCCCUCUUCACCUUCUGAGGCCCACGAUAGACCAGCUGUAGCUCAUUCCAGCCUGUACCUUGGAUGAGGGGUAGCCUCCCACUGCAUCCCAUCCUGAAUAUCCUUUGCAACUCCCCAAGAGUGCUUAUUUAAGUGUUAAUACUUUUAAGAGAACUGCGACGAUUAAUUGUGGAUCUCCCCCUGCCCAUUGCCUGCUUGAGGGGCACCACUACUCCAGCCCAGAAGGAAAGGGGGGCAGCUCACUGGCCCCAAGAGGGAGCCAAUAUCACGAGGAUAACAUUGGUGGGAGGGGAGUUAACUGGCAGGCAUGGCAAGGUUGCAUAUGUAAUAAAGUACAAGCUGUUAAAAAA